AUGGGAUUCUUUGAUUCGAUUACCAGCAUGGUAAAUUCUGGUUUCCAUCAACCACCUUCUUAUGAAAAACGAAAGCUCUAUCGUUUUGCGGAAGUUCUUGGCAGUGGUACUUUCGGUACUGUCAGACAAGCUACCCGUAUAUCAGACAAAAAGGAAGUGGCAAUAAAGGUUAUCUCCAAAAAGUUUAUGAAAGGACAUUAUGACAUGGUUCACUCUGAGAUGGAGAUCAUGCAAGGUCUUGAUCAUCCUAAUGUCAUUGGUUUCUAUGAUUGGUUUGAAUCCCGUGAUCACUUUUAUCUUGUGUUUGAGUUGGCUACUGGUGGUGAAUUGUUUGAACGUCUGUUUGAGCGUGGCAAAUUUACAGAAAAGGAUGCAGUUUUGAUUGUAAAGUCGGUUGUGAAUGGUUUACAGUAUAUUCACGCACAUAAUGUUAUUCACAGAGAUAUGAAGCCUGAAAAUUUGCUCUUCAAGAGUCCAGACUCGGAUGCCAACCUAGCCAUUUGUGACUUUGGUAUUGCAACAGAAGCAGUUGCGGAUCCAUCUGGAGAUCAACCUAUUUGUGGUUCACCCGGUUAUGUUGCACCAGAGGUUAUUCUCGGACAUGGCUAUUCUUCUGCAGUAGACAUGUGGGCGAUGGGUGUGAUUACCUAUGUAUUGUUAUGUGGUUACCAACCUUUCCAGGCUGAAGAUCAGGUAGAGCUUUUUGAUUCCAUCAGCCACGCUCGUUUUGAAUUCCACGAAAGAUACUGGCGAAACAUUUCCUUGGAUGCCAAGGAUUUCAUUCGUGGUCUGCUCACAUUGGAUUCUAAGAAACGUAUGACAGCAACCGAGGCAUUGAACCACAAAUGGAUGACAGGCGUCGAUGCUACAGACAUUGAUAUCCUUGAGACCGUCAGAGCCAACUUCAAUCCUCGCAGAACUCUCAAGAAGGCUGUUCGGGCAGUCAAUAUGCUGAACCGUAUGAGAACCAGCGUUUCCUCUCUUUCGCCUACCAAUUCAGAGACUACAAAGACAGACGUACCAGCCACAAAACCUCAUGUCAUACAAGAAGAAAUCACGAAGCAUCAGACUGCACCAGUCUAA